UCCAAACAUUGGAUAUAUCAUUGUAAGCUUUGCAGCUAUGUUGUCCAUCUCACCUGCGCCUUCACCAAAUCGCCACACACCACUAGAGGGAAAGGGAUUAUGGAGUUUCCAAUAAGUGAUGUGGCUGUGGGAGAGGACCUAAUUGGAGCGUUUCUAAGGAGACAAGGAGUUGAUGCACCUUCACUCAUCCUUGAUCAUCAAGAUGAUGUUGUUUAUAAGUUCCACCAUCACAAACUCAUAUUAGUCUCAUCGUCAUCAUCAUCAUUUCAAGAAGAAGAUUUAGAAGAAGAAAAUAGUGAUGAUGAUGAUGAGGAAGACUACUCUUGUAGAAAAUCGGAGUUAAUAUGUGAUGGGUGCAUUACUCCUAUAUUUCUGAAACAAACAUCAUCUUCUUCUUCUUCUUCUUCUUUAAGUAGUAGUAAAGAUAACUACUACUACAUGAGAUGUAGCAUCAGCUCAUGCAAAUACUAUCUUCACUUGGCGUGCUUCCUCUUGCCAACUCAGCUCUCCUCUCUUCCUCUCCUCCAUGAACAUGAAAAUGAUCACAGCAGCCUUGUCCUUCGAUCCGGUGACAAACUUAAACCAUGGGAGUGCUCAAUUUGCAGCGUCUGCUCCAAACCUACUAAUGGUCUGUUUUAUGGGUGUACAAAAUGUAAUUACUUCAGAGUAGAUAUAAAGUGCGCUUCAAUGCCGGACACCAUAUAUCACGCAGCUCACCCGAAUCAUCUCCUCAACCUUCGUUCUGCACAAGAUACAAUUAAGAGACGUGGUGUCAUCUAUUGUGAUGCCUGUGGAGGCACUCUAUAUAACGUUAACAGCUACGAAUGUGGCAUCUGUGAUUUCCUCGUGCACGUUGGAUGCGCGGGGCUGCCUGCGUCAACCACCAGCAGUAGAUGGGACAAGCACCACCCGCUGCUUCUCACGCAUGACGCCACUCUAAACCAUCCCGGUGAAUUCUACUGCGAUCAAUGCGAACGAGAAAUGAAUCCCAAGAGUUGGAUGUAUCACUGCCGCAGCUGCAAUAUAUCCAUCCAUCCGAGCUGCUUUCCAAUUACAUCCGGCUGGUAUAGAAACAGGAAGUUGGGGCAAGAAUAUCAUGUGAAUGCUGAAACCCAUCCACACCCUCUCACCUUUCAAAGUCUCACUACAAAAUGCCGCUGCGACGUUUGUCGUGAAUAUAGUCAUGAAUAUCUUGGAUUUUACUGUGCAUUAUGCAUCUUCUUCAUUUGUUUCUACUGUGGUGAAAAAAUGAUCAAAGAUGGCAACGUUAAGGCCGUCUACUGA